AUGGAAAUUAAUGGAAAUCAUCCAGAGGCCGAUUAUGAUACUACAAAAUUCCAUCAGAUUGUAGUCACGGAUCCCCAAUCGAGCUCAUCAUGUACAUUCACGAUCCCAAAACGAUACACCAACCUUAGAUUUCUUAGUGCGGGUGCCCAAGGAACCGUCGUCUCUGCCGAUGAUACUGUGACAGGAACCCCGGUCGCAAUCAAGAAAAUGCAGCAGCCGUUUGUGAUGACUAUGAGUGCCCGCCGAGCUUAUAGAGAGUUUGUCCUACUAACCACGAUUAAGCAUCCAAAUGUGAGUUUAUCCAGCAAUUGGUACAUUUUGUUUAUCACGCGCAAUUUACUUUCUUUACUUCCAACUAGAUUUCUAAGAUUACAAUUCCAUCGUGCAUGA